AUGGAUCAGAGGUCAUUAGAAGCUGCUGCUAAAUCUGGAAACAUCGAUCUGUUAUACGAACUAAUCCAUGAAGAUCCAUACGUUCUCGCUAAAACCGACAACGUGCCGUUCAUCGAUACUCCUCUCCACGUGGCAGCCGUCGCUGGGAAAGCAGAGUUUGCGAUGGAGAUGAUGAACUUGAAACCAUCUUUUGCUCGGACACUUAACGCCGACGGACUUUCGCCGUUACACCUAGCCGUCAAUCACGGUCACGUCUGGCUAGUACUUGAACUACUUAAGGUUGAUCCAAGCCUUGUUCGUUUUAAAAGGAGAGAAGGUACGACGCCAUUGCUUCUUGCCGUGAGUAACAAGAAUAUCGAUUUGAUAUCAGAAUUCUUCUUGGUCUGCCCCGAGAGCAUCGUGGACUCAAACGUUUACGGAGAGAACGCUCUUCACAUCGCCCUCAAGAACGAGGACCAAAGAGAAGGAUUAACAGUCCUUAAAGUUCUCAUGGGAUGGAUCCUAAGAUUGUGUCAAAAAGAUGGAGAGAGGAUCGAGACAAGAGUCAUAAACGGAAGAGACAAAGAUGGUUACACGGCCUUACAUGUCGCAGCGCACGAGAACAAUCCCCAAGCUGUGAAAUUGAUGUUAGAGAGCUCCAAGAUUAACGUGAACAUCGAAGACAAGAGCGGUUUAACUGUUCUUGACAUUGCCGUAUUACGGAGACAAGAGAAUAACAGAAGAGAUAUAGAGAGAAUGGUUAAGAGACAUGGAGGAAAACGUUCGGUUUCUCUGGCUAAGAUCAAGACAACAUCGGAUGUUCUCGGCUCGCCGCUUACAUGGAGCGAAUCGAGUCAGACGGCGGUGAUUCGGUCUUAUGCUUGGAUCUCCGAAGAAAGAAGAAACGCUCUUUUGGUAGUCGCCACUCUUAUACUCACCGCUACUUAUCAAACCGCUCUCCAGCCUCCCGGAGGCGUUUCUGACAGUGGUGGCGGUGGUGAAACAAGCGGUGGGAAAACGGGUUCGGUGGUUAUGGGAGAGGCAACCUUUAUUUGGUUAUGGGUAUGGAACAGUGCGGGUUUCUACAUAGCCGCGUUGGUUACGCUGGUUUUGUUGAGUUUAGGGCAGGAGAGUAUGUUUCGGUAUUGUCCUCUGGUCUUUCCUCUGUUCGCUGCUUACGUUGUUUCAGGGUCAGUGAUCUCGCCGAACUCGAGAGCGUCCGCGAUCGGAUUAAUUGGUGCGUCCAUGGUUCUGAUCAUUUGGAGUUUGGUGAUUUCGUUUUGGCAACGGGUGGAGUCUAAGCGAGCCAAGGUGCGUGGACCAAAGAGUGGAUUGGUUUGGGAAGGUUUCACUACGUUGGAUCAAGCUAGAGGUCUUGCGCCUAAAGGGAAUGUCAUUUGGUCAUGA